GCUGGUGCAGGGAGUUGAAAUGGAAGGAGGAGCUGUGUUUGGCCUUCUGUCUUGUCUUACAUUUUCCAUUCCGCUGCCCAAAGGGAAAGGAAGGAGUGAGGGAAUCUCUGAGCACAAAGAAGACGACUAAAAAUCCCAUUUUGAUCACUUCUCCCGUAACCCAAGAAAGACUACUCACUGAAAGUACAAGGAACCAAUCAAAGGCGAUAGAGAGAGAGAGAGAGAGAGAGAGGCCCGAUGUUGACAUAUCUUCUGUCACUGUUCUUAGACAGUCGUUCGUUUGUUGUGAGAGGCGUUCUUCUAUCUCGGAUCUCUGUCCUCUCCCUUUCGUUGUGGUCCAGGGGAUCGAAGUCCUUAGAUCUGCAGCUGUGUCUCCUGCCAACGCCCAACUCCAGAUGCCCGGCUCUUCUCGGUAGCUCUUUUUGAUACCAAAAGUUGGACCUUUUUGGCCGAGACUUCGUUGUUCGCGGUGGCGAUACUGGCCCUUGGCUUGGGUUGUCGUCUCCUGGAUCGCUGUAGCCGUUGCCGGCCCUCAAACGGGUGGGGCACCUGGGAAGUUGGCGUUUUUCCAUGGCGGAAGGCCCGCGGCCGCUGGGAUUUUGGAUGUUCCGCGUUCUGAUGUUGAAUCCGCUGCAGCGAUGUCCGCGAGAUGGAUGAGAGGGAGGGGCGAUGUGGAUUGAGCCUUCAGAUAAUUUACUUGCUGGAUGCUGCAGUGCUGAUGAACAAUUCUGCAUCCAGGAUUUGAUGGGAAUUACAUCCAAGUGGCUGUAGCCUAUUGCUAACUGGACUGCUUUAGGAGUCCUUUUUAGCUUGCAAUAUAGCCAUACAGGCUUUCCACGAUCAUCCCAGCAUGUCCUGGUCCCCAAGUCAUAGCCAAAAUCUGUACUAAAGGUAUUACUUUUGGUAUAAAGGAACUCCCAAUAAUUUUUGUGAAAAUGUGGACCUUGUCAGCAGAUUUCAAGAACCUCAUCCCUGAAUUCCUUCACACUAUGACUUUUGAUAUGGAUUCUUAUGUUCCAUCUCUAAUAGCAACCUUUCCUUAUUUUCAUGCUUUCCUUGUAGGAUAAUCUUUUUAAUGAUCUUAUUUAACACUGUAAUUUACUGAUUUGGGAACUUUUCUAGUUGUUGUUGUACGUUGUUUCACCAGGGACAUAACUUUUUCCUGUCUAUUGCACAUUCUUACAUCAGGUGUACAACAAAACUUUUUUCCUAGUGUUGCACAUUCGUAUGUUUUGGUACAAUAUUGGUGACAGUUGUUGGAGGCACAGAUGAACUAUAGUUAGUAUUCAAUUAUGGUGGAUUUUCUUUGUUCUGUCUAGUAUCUCUUUUUUAGCUAGGCACAUCAACGGUGAAGAUGAAGGAAAUUGUUAUAAUCACUAUUUUUCUUUAGAUUAUUGUCAUCAAUAUUCUUCUUUGGAUUGCUAUCAUCAGUGAUUUUUAUCAUCAUUAGGUUCUAUCUGGUAUUGCUACUGGUGAUUCAUUUUGAUCAUUCCCCUUUUCUCACCUGCAAACUACUAUUCUUUCUAACCACCUGCUGAAGUUGCUUAGGAGUAGGGAUGACUUUUGCUUUAUGCUAAACAUGAAUUACACUAUAUCCUUUAAGCAAAAUGAAAGCCCAUUUGACAUUCAAAUGUUUGUUGUACAUGUUUUACUUUUCUUGGAUAAGAAAAUAUACCAAGUCCCUUUGGCAUCAUAUUCUUAUUUUUCUUUGCUGACCAAGUUUAGAACUUGCAGGAAUGGCAACAAAAGUGCAGAAUAAAAAUUACCUUCCAGGAUAUUGUUCCAUGCAGGAUGUCAAGGAGGAUGCAACAAGCGGUUGGUAUACUUACUUUCAGGAUAAGAAAUCAAGUGAGUAUCUCCAUGAUAGUUACGUACCAAAGCUGGUGAAUGGAAACUCAGGGCAGGAUAAAGAAAUGUUAAAGCAGAUGAUGCUUGAACAUGACACCAUAUUUAGGAACCAGGUAUUUGAACUUCAUCGUCUUUAUAGAAUACAGAAAGACUUGAUGAAUGAGUUUCAAACUAGAAGGUUUUAUCAGCCUUCUAUGGUGGCAGAAGCAUCACACUCAAAUUGUUUAUCUCAAAUGCGAACAGAAUGCACUGGAGGAAUGUCAGAUGUUUCUCACUUUACCAUAGGAAAUACCAGCUAUGGACAGACACCUGUUGCAGGCACUGAGAGGCUUCAGGUCAAUUUUACAAGGGAAGGCAGCACUCAAUCUGAUCAUAUCCCAUUAUCAAAUGAUGCUUCUCCAAAGGGCAUCAAGCAACUAGACUACAGGUCUCAGAAGAGGAGAACGUUUGACCUUCAACUGCCAGCUGAUGUAUACAUAGACAUUGACGAUAGUGAUGAAUAUGGGCAGACAAAUAUCACUGAGCCAUCAUGUAGUUCUAGUAUUCUCAAGAAUGGAACUUGCUCUCUCUAUUCUGAGAAUGAUGUGAAGCUCACUCUAGCGAGUAGUCACGGAGAAGACCAUUACAUGUCGAAGUCACCAACACAAGUCAGUGUAUCAGCCUGCAGCACAGUCGAUAUAAGUAAAUCUACAACAGAAAUGUGUUUUGAGAGACCCGCAAACUCUGCGUUUGUUCAGUUACUUGGCUUCAAGACACACAGUGAAUGUAGCCAAGGGCACCAUUCUUCGGUGAGAUCAAAUACACUUUUUGUGGAUAGGCACAGUGAUCAACAGGCUACUUCAGAGUUCUUGUCUGCGAAUGUACACACAAAAAGAGAAUGGCCAUUCUCUAGUCAUGAAUCUGGUGGGAAUGGGAGCUCUGUGUUUUUUCUCGAUCAGACAUCCUAUAAUUAUAAUGUCUCAACAUCUAGAGCAUUACAGUUGAACACUAAGAGAUGUGGCAGAAGUUUUUCAUUUGAUUGUAAUAACCCGGAGAUACGAUCUAGACAAGAUUCAAUUCAUGAUGUCCAGGCACCUGUAAGGGCCCCUCACUUCACCUGCUCAAAUUCAGGUCUGAUGUCUCCUUCAAUGCCUUCUUCAAUCACAAUUCCCCAGGCCGAUUCAACCAGUUAUGGAUCUUCAUUUAUUUCAUCUUGGAGAAAACCUGCCACCAGCAUAAGCAACGAGACACUUGCGAUUCAAACACUUCCAUGCUGCAGUGGAUCAUCAAAUCCAAGUAAUGAGAUGUUGAGUUCCAAGAUAGAUGCUCAGAUUCCUAUUCCUUGUGAAUGGUGGCAAUAUGGUAGGAACCUGACCACAAGCCAAGAAUCUGGUUUUGGUGUCUAUCGGACAAAUGGAUUUCACCAUGGUUUUCGACCAGAUUCUCAUUUUGUACUACAUUCGAAAGUUGUAUCUAGUGGACCAGACCAGACCGAUGAUAGUAAUGAAGGUCUUCAUGAUUAUACAUCUGGAAGCUGUGUAAAGGGUUUUGCAAGCAGAGAUUUGAAAAGUCCAACAAACAUGAACAUAAAUCAAGUAUUUCCAAGUGGUAUUGAAGAUGUUGGAGAUAAAUACGACAAAUUGUCAGUGGGUUCAUCUUGUCUCGGAAAGAAGAUAUCUUGUAAUUUGUCUGUUGGCUUGAACAAACAUGCCUCCAAAGCGGCUUUCAGCUUCUCAAGUGGACAACCUCAGCUUAAUUCCAGAUCUGAAGCCGUUGCUCCAGACAUUGGGAGGAAAGUAGAAAAGGAGCUAGAUUAUUCUCUCUGUAAUCUGCAGGAAGUCAUGCCAAGUUGUCAGUUUAUGGAUCACAAGAUGCAGGGAAAUGAAGUUUCUGAAAACAAUGGCGAAAAAAUCCUUCGUCUUUUUGUUCAUGAUAAAAAUCAGCAAAUUAACAUGUCUGUUUCUGUUGGACAUAUGGAAAAACAUUUAACUGACAAUACCAAGAUUAUGAUAAAUGAUGACAUGACCUUCACAGACUUGGGAUGUGAUCCAAAAGUCCUAAAAUCGCAGACAGAUAUUCAUGUUGGUGACUCGGUCACUGAAACAUGUCAUGGGGAGUCCAAAGGGAGCUUUAGGAAUCACAUUGAUCUGAAUGUUGAGUUAGCAUGUACAGAUUAUCCCAUAUCUUCAGUGAAACUACUUCAAGGCGAGAUAGUGGUUCAGUCAUCACACUGUAUACCAAGCUUUGGUGCAAAAAUUGCUUCUGACAUUGAUUUGGAGGCACCGAUAUCCCAGUACGAAAUGGGUAUCAUAAAUAAGCAGAGAUACAUCCCAUUAAGCGAGAAAGAUGGUUCAAAGGAAAAGGACUACUCUGUCGAUGCACUAAUUAGAUUGGCUGCAGAGAAUUUGGUUGCUAUUUCUUUAGAUUGCAAUGGAUGUUUGCCUGGAUUUGACACCUUGUCUUGGUUUGCGGAUGUUGUAUCAUGCAGUGCAGAAAAUUCAAGGCUUCUGGGUAAUGUGGGAGAUGGUGGUACAAAAUCUUCAGAUGAUGAUGAUGAUUUUGAUCUUUUUGAAGCCAUGACGCUGACCCUUGAAGAAAUUAAGGUGGAUCAGUAUUGGUCUAGACCUAAAGAGCUCGAUGACAAAGAUGUAAAGAAAGACAAAGGAGAUGCAGGUUUAGCUUCAUUGCUUCUCACAAAGCCUCGGCGUGGCCAGGCACGAAAGAGGAGGCAGCGGAAGGACUUCCAGAGAGAUAUCCUGCCAGGGCUAGCAACACUGUCAAGGCACGAAACAACAGAGGAUCUUCGAACCAUUGGGGUGAUGAUGCAAGCAACAGGUAGCCCUUGGCAGACAGCUUUAACAAGAAGGACCAAAGGUCAGAAUCAAAUGACCUGCAGAGCAAAGGGAAGGAGGCAGCCUAGAAGUUUGGCCAUCACCAUCGAGGAGAUUCACGUCAUCCCCCCUCUGCAUCCACAACCCGGUAAUUUUGAAGUAGGAGUUAAUGACAGGAGCAUGAUCGGAUGGGGAAGGAUAACAAGGCGGCCGCGCAGGCAGAGAUGCCCUCUUGGCAGUCUCCCUCUUCCUCUAACUUAGGAGGAGCACCAAAGUUGCAAUGUUCUUUCCAUGGAGGAAUUCAACACUUUUGUUCUUUGGGGUGCAAAUGGAAUUAUUAUAUAUCGUCUUCAUAAGCUUGUAGGUUUCAGAGUAAAUGCUGCAUUGCUUCAUGAAGCCGAGAAGAUUCUGACUGAAGACUAGUUCAGUGAUUUCCAUGUAAUCUAAGCUCAUUGUAAAACUGCUGAUUGAUAUGCUGCAUUUCUUGCACCUCCUUCUUGUUGCUGCUGCAACAAAUCAAAAUGCUUUUUUAUGUGGAUCUGCCAUGGUUCCUCUCACUCAGACAUGAUAUUUAGAUGUUGGUUUUUCUGCAGCAUGCCUCUCUAA